AUGUCGAAAACCGGAAGCGAGUCGAGCUUCGAGUUCAUUGUGACUCCGAAGCCCCCGGCUCCCACCUUUAAGACGGCCGAAGACUGCGGUGUCCCCACGACCAAAUCUGCCACCAUCAAUAAUCCCCCCCUUCCCGCCGACGGCGCCGGCAAUGAGAGCUUCUCGUACACCCUGAUCAUCUCGGUCCUUGUCGGCGUCCCUACCUACCUGGCUUGGAAGCUCGGUGGUGGCCUCAAGACCACCAUCUUCUUCGCCCUCUUCACCACCAUCCCUCUGCUAGGCAGCUACUGGAUCCUCAUCUCGACGCUUAGCCCUCGUGCCAACGAGAAGGCCAAGCUCCCCGGCCGCCCCAUUGAGCACUACCUCACCUUCAAGAAGCCCGCCGACCAGGCCAAGUACCAUGGCAAGACCAAGAUCGCCAUGGAGACGUUCCACGAGAUGUACUUUGACGGCGACGUCGAUUUCAACGGCGACGCCCUGGAGGUCAUGGAGUACCGCCACGACUGGGCCUCGUUUAACCUCACUGUGCACCUGAUCAAGUACUUUUUGUUCGGCAUGAUCCCCGAGCUCCUGCUGCACACCAAGAGCCAGGACGAGGAGCAGGUCCGCGACCACUACGACCGCGGCGACGACUUCUACGCCUGGUUCCUCGGCCCGCGUAUGAUCUACACCUCUGGUGUGAUCUCCGACCCGACCAUCGAGGAGUCCCUUGAGCAGCUCCAGGACAACAAGUUGGCCAUUGUCUGCGAGAAGAUUAACCUGCAGAAGGGCGACGCCCUGCUCGACAUUGGCUGCGGCUGGGGUACGCUGGCCCGCUUCGCCUCCGUCAACUACGGCGCCAACGUCACCGGUAUCACUCUCGGCCGCAACCAGACUGCCUGGGGUAACAGGGCUCUGCGCGAGGUUGGCAUCCCCGAGGAGCAGAGCAAAAUUCUGUGCAUGGACUACCGUGAGAUCCCCGUCCCCGAGGGCAAGUACAAGAAGAUUACCUGUCUCGAGAUGGCCGAGCACGUCGGUGUGCGCCACUUUGGCGGUUUCGCCCGCCAGGUCCGCGACAUGCUUGACGACGAUGGCGUCUUCUUCCUCCAGAUUGCCGGUCUCCGCAAGUUCUGGCAGUUUGAGGACUUCACUUGGGGUCUGUUCAUGAACAAAUACGUCUUCCCGGGCGCCGACGCCUCGACACCCCUGGGCUGGGUCGUUGACCAGCUCGAGGGUGCCGGCUUCGAGAUCAAGGACAUUGACACCAUUGGCGUGCACUACUCCGCCACCCUUUGGAGAUGGUACCGUAACUGGCUCGGCAACCGUGACAAGAUUGAGGCCAAGUAUGGCAAGCGCUGGUUCCGCAUCUGGGAGUUCUUCUUGGCCUAUUCGACCAUUGCGUCUCGCCAGGGCUCCGCUACCUGCUUCCAGAUUGUGCUGGUCAAGAACAUCAACUCGACCCACCGCAUCAACGGUGUCCCCUCGCAGUUCGGCCUCUCUGGCGCGGAGGCCCACACCAAGGCUGAUCUUUCCGCCUGGGCCAAGACCGAGGCCGCCAACUUCCCGUACGCCACUGCCCAGUAA